UCUUUCGUGUGCUUCGUGCGGGCCACAAAACUGUCUGACUCUCAGUGUUUCUAUGUUUCAAAGGCGACCGGACAACUACAGCCUUGGAGUGGCUUCGUUUUCGCCGCUGUUGCAGCGCACGUCCUCUGGCCACCUUCUCCUGUUUUGUCAAGGAUUGCGACGUCUCUGGAGCUUAAACGCGUUUGCGCCGUGCGUCGCCUAGUCCAUGGGUGUAGUUUUCUUCCUUUUCACCCCGGCACUCGUCGAUCCUUUUUCGCUCGAGGCUGGUACGCGAAAGCUCCCGGUUUUAGUGAGCGGCGAGCUGGAAGAAGCGAAGGGAUUGUCUAAGAAGGACAGCGAGAGAACAAGCCAUUAGAAAACACAAGCUUGAAACGCCAGAGAGAGACCUGCACCGGCCUCCUAAGUCGGGAAUCCUCGGUUGAAGUCGCGAGCUGGCUUGAUUCCGUUUACAGCCGCCCGUCCCUUCUCCACCCCCUUCAAAGUGUCAGCUCCACGGUGGCACGCCGCUGGACUCAACGAGGCACCGAGUACGCCUAGAACAAAAAAAAAGGAAAAGAGCGAGUUAGUGAAGUAUCAGCAGAACACAGCAGUGAAGGAACGAGAAACGGAGACCCGAAGCCGUCGUCUCGACUAGAAAAUCCUUUCCGAGGAGUUCUUCCUCAUUUACGCGCGGUCUCCGCCUACCGGCCUGCCAUCGCUCUUGCUGCAGCCGUCCUGGCAGAACUUUUUUUUCACCUCCUACUCUCCGCCUUUUCUACCAGUUCUUCAGCUUUUUUUAUUUUUCUCGACAUCCCGCCAACAGUUACGCGAAGGCUUCGGUAACAGACGCACGUGCGCAGCGCACGGCGAGCUGAGCUGAGGCUUCGGUGACCGUCGCUGCCAUACAGAAGUAAAGCCAACGGAAACAACAAACGUGACACGUCAUUUCGUUCUUCCUGCCACCGUCGGCCGCCUGGCCCUUUAUCUCGGGAAAGUCGUCGUUUUCGGCGGUGGGCUGUGUGUGUUUGUGUGUGUGGUCUGACGUUGGCGGGCCAGCCUCGCGCCGUCUCGCAGCCGCUAGUGUUCGUGCGCCGGUUCCCACCUCACGUCGUCGCACGAUCUUCGUAGCGCCACCGCCCCCUCCUCCCACUGCCCCUGCUGCCGCUUCUUCUUAGCGCCGAAGCCUCCAGCAAGCGCCGAGAUCUUCGCCGACGACCAAGCGGCGCGACGACGCUCGGUCCGUCGCGUGCGGCUGUUCCCACCCUCCUUUAUUCCCGACGUCACCACAGCGACCACAACGACAACACAGACAAAGAUUGAGACGGCAGCGAGAAAAUAUCCGUGCUCCGUUCUCCGAUCUAUUUCUACAUUCUUUGCCCUUCCUUCCGCUGGGGGCUCAGAUUUGUGGCCUGACAAUCGGAUGCCGAUGUGUGGUUCGAUGCGAUCCUCUUUCGACCCCGUUCGUUUGGGCCGCGACGCCGCUUGGUUCUGCCGCCGACUUUAUCCGCUGCCGCCACUCUCCGCCGACCACCACCACUCGCUGCUUCGUUUCGGCAUCUUCAUCGGCGAGGCUCACUGAGGAGGUGACUCAAAUUUUGUAAAGUUUGAACGUGUCAUCCCGUGGGAGUUAACGCAAAACAUGGUGGUGUUCCCUCUCCGUGUCCUGGUGGUGGUAAUCUUGCCGCUGCUCGUGGACCGCCUGCCUGCGGCCUUCUCGGCGCUCAUCGAAGCUCGAGGCCAGGGAUGGCCGCCUAUACUGCUGCCACUGUCUGCACCUGCAGCUACCCGCAACUAUUCCUUACCACCAAUGUAAUGCUCGCCUUUCCAAAUGUCUUCAUGACCAAUUACUACUCGUGUAAAAGCGUCCAUUCUGUACACGGCCGUGAUCCGGGGAAAAGUGGCGCUGCCGUGCGACAUCACUCCGCCGUCUGCGGACGACACGGUGGCGCUGGUGCUGUGGUACAAGGACGAAGGCCCCGCGCCCAUCUACACCCUGGACGCCCGGCGCGGCCACGUGGACCAGGCGCGCCAGUCGGCCGUGAGCGAGCUGGGCGCCAGGGCCUACUUCAACAUGAUGAACCGGCCCGCCUUCCUGCAGCUCGACCCCGUCGAGGAAGAGGACGCCGGCGAGUACCGCUGCCGCGUGGACUUCCGCAAAGCGCGCUCCGUCAACACCGUGAUCAACCUCAAGGUGAUCGUGCCUCCCGGCGAUCCUGUUAUCUUGGACGAAGACGGAAAGCAGCUGCAGGGACUGGUGGGGCCGUACAACGAAGGGGACCCACUCACGCUGACGUGCCAAGUGGAAGUUGGCAAGCCUCGGCCAGCCGUUACGUGGUGGAAGGAUUACGCUCAGCUGGACGAGUCCUACUUCUUCUCGCCGGACGGCUCAUUGGUCAAGAACAAGCUCGAGGUGGCAGCCAUCACGCGCAACGACCUGCUCGCCACGUUCACUUGCCAGGCGGCCAACAACAACAUCACCAUACCGGCCUCGGUCUCCAUCACGCUCGACCUGAACCUGAAGCCUCUGGACGUCACUAUUCAGCCUCCCGAGCGUCCCCUGUCGGCCAACAAGGAGGUGGAGCUCGUGUGCUCGUCCAGUGGCUCACGGCCCCCGGCCACGCUCACUUGGUGGAAGGGCGGCCAGCAGAUCCGCUCCGCGAGGGACUCCGAGGACGCCGCGGGCUCCGCAGGUGGCGGCGGAGGGCUCAGCGCCAGCACCUCGGUCCUGCUGUUCACCCCCACGGUGGACGACAACAACCGCAUCCUGUCGUGUCGAGCCGAGAACAAGGCCAUACCCGGAAGCGCGCUCGAGGAAGGCUGGAAACUCGAAGUUUACUACACACCGAUGGUGACGCUCCAGCUGGGCGGUAAGCUCAAGGACUCCGAGAUCCAGGAAGGGCGGGACGUAUACCUCGACUGCAAGAUCGUGGCCAAUCCGUACACAACGGACGUCAGCUGGCUGUUCGAGGGUCGCGAGCUUCCCGCCAAUGCCUCGGCGGGUGUGAUUGUCAGCACCCAGAGCCUGGUGUUGCAACGUGUGCAAAGAGCGCAGCGAGGCAGAUACGCCUGCGCCGCCACCAACAAGGAAGGACGCGGUGUCAGCAACGAUCUCUACCUGCGCGUCAAAUACGCGCCCGUGUGCAAGACCCACCAGAAGUGGGUGUACGGCGCCUCACAGCAAGAGACGGUGUCGGUGCGCUGCGAGCUGGACGCCGACCCAGCCGAGACCACUUUCCGUUGGGUGUUCAACAGCUCGGCGUCCGGCCGGCGCCGAGACCUGGCGCCACAGGACGCUUCUUCGAGCGGCUCCCGAAGCACACUGGCAUUUUCUGUGCGAUCGGAUGACGACUACGGAACGCUCCUCUGCUGGGGCACGAACUCCGUGGGCAUUCAGCGGGACCCGUGCGCCUUCUCUAUCGUGCCAGCAGGGCCUCCGGACUCGGUAAUCAACUGCUCGCAAGUGAACGCCACCGAGGACGGCAUGUCCCUCGAGUGCAUAGAGGGCCCCUGGGACGGCGGCAUGGCGCCACCUGUCUUUAUCGCCGAGCUGUACGAUGCCGACUCGGGCACUCUGCGUGCCAACCUCACGAACACGCUUGGUGCGGGAGCAGCGUUCGUGGCGCGAGGCCUGCCAGGUGGCGCCACCUUCCGGGUGCUCGUGUACGCCGCCAACGGCAAGGGUCGCAGCAACCCCUACGCCCUCAUGGCCCACACGCUCAGACCCGCGGAAAAGUUCACAGGUGUUCAAGGCAUGAUCGUUAUUCGGCCAUUUUUAGGAGUUCUCAUUGGCAUCGUCAUUGCCUUGGUCAUUGCCGCCGUCGUUGUCAUCAUCUUCAUACGGUGUAAGAAACAUGGAAGAAGCAAAGGUGCGGAAAAGGAUCAGAUGGAGGACAAAUCCAUGACCUUGCUGAAGAAAGACCCAGAUGAGUCCGUCGACUUGGAAGAGAAGGGUCCUGACAUAAUUCCUGCGACUACGGUUUUCUCCGGCUACGAUGCAGCGCACGAAAAAAUGGUUGCCCUGGCAGCGGGAAUGGAUUCCUACUCAGCACAACUGCCACUGAAGGAAAGUCUAGAAAGCUUAGGAAACCAUAGGACAGCUUCGCCGAAGAAGCAGGACGUCUGUGGCAGCGGUGGGGGCGAGGUUACGUACGCCGAGCUGUCGUUCCCCAAGGCCGUGGCCGUACUGCCCGUGCAGCAGGGAGGUACGCUACGCCGUGCCGCCGCCGCCGCCGCUGCUGCUUCCUCGGGGACGCACAAUGGCGGCGCCAUGCCCCAGCUCCCGGAGCCACCGACGGAGUACGCGCGCAUCGACUUCCACCGGACACUGCGACCCGUGCCGGGAAACCUCGGCCUCACGGGCGAGGAGCUCGAGGACGAGGGCGGCAGCAGCUGCGAGACGCCGCUCAUGGCCAACCGCAGGGAGAGCACCGUCUAGCAACACAUGGCUGCACAGCCCAGGGACUCGACACUCUACACAAGACCCACUACUGGAACGUGCGGCGCUUCUUCAUCGGGAUCUGAUGCGAUGCUCAACUAGGUCAGUGUCAUCACAAGUGCGACACACAUGACUCCGCGAUGAGCGACGAAGGAGUCCUCGCAACGUUUGCUGCGGGUAAACUCUACCCCAACCUAAAGGUCUGGGACAUCAUAUGACCGAUCUGAACAAGAGACGUGCGAGAGAAUGGUGCUCUCAAGGAAGUGCGGGAUGCCAUGUUUUCACUCGGUGGACUCGAAAGGUUCGACACGUACACUGUGCGGAGACGCGUGAUUUUGCUUGAAUGCUUCACACUGGGUGACUGUGGCCAAGUGCUUUCUGUCCACAUCCAAGCUGCUCAAAGCUGCCCGUUAUAAAAUGCGAGAAGGAACUCAGAGCCAGCGCUCUCCCCUAGAAGCACUGCAGUAAAUACGCAGAAAACGUACUGCGUCGAAAGUACAGAAAAAGGUGUGCAUGAAACAGAAAACAAAUAAACUUAAUUUUGUUCUAAAGGGUGACAUAAAGAAAGGAUUCAAGGAGCGCAAAAUAAGUAGGGUGGCUACUAUGGCUCUGAUACUUCUCGAAUAUAAUCUAAUGCACUUAGUCGCUGCAUGACACAACUAGUCACUGAUCCAUUUUGUGUGUUCUAGGUUUGCAUUGCGAAAAGGACAAUGCAAAUGCAGUUUCUAGCACCUUGGAUGUGCUCAAGUACUUGUGCCUUCUUUGCAGUGCGAGCGUGCGACCGUUUCUCACGACUGCGCUGCAAGUCGUUGUGUGUACGUGCAAGACACAACUAGUCAACAUUCUUUCAUUGUAUAUACUUGAAAAUGUUUUAUCCGAGAAAUAAUGUGUAAUAACGAAGAUUCUAUGUGUAUAUUUAUACAAUCACAUCGCUUGGUCAUCAUACACUGAUCAAAAUAUUUCAUCUGUCCUUGAGAUUGUCUCUCGUUCAUUCAAAUAAUUCUGAUACCUUGCAUUCCGACUUUCUUCGCUAUUUUUCCCCCAAGGCAGCGAAAUGUAAUUUAACAACUGCACACAUACUUCUACUUGCUCAGGUGAAGACAUAAAUUGUUCUGCAGUAUUUUGCCAUUCCACGACUAAAAGUUUUGUCUCGUGCUUGGUACAGUUAGAAUGAUUCAUUCAUAAAGCUGUAACGCAAUAUCUAUCUUAUUUUUGUUUGAGUAAAAAAGAAACAAGUAACAAGCAAUGCAAUAAAGUGCACUGCCUUUCAUUUCAGCUUUUGUUCACCUUUAAAUGCUUGUAGUUUUUAAUCAACUCUAGUCAUAUUUUAUUACUAUUUUGCAGCACUUAUACUAGGAAACAGGCCAAAUAAGCUUACGAUUUGUUAAAAGCAACUAACUUAUGUGAAGAAAGCAAUUCUGAGGCUAUUCUUUAAUAAGAGGGAAUAUAGUUAAGUGUAAUGCAAAAUAAGUAUUUGAUACAUUUUCACCAUUUUGUCUAUGCGGAGUAUGGUGCAGUAUUUGAAUGAAAAUGUAUUACUGAAUGAAACAUGAUGAAACAGAAAAUACGCGACCAGGUUAGAAGCAGUUUGUGCUCUCUACAUACAUAUUAUACAUAGAAAACACAUGCCAAAGGCCCGUAACAUUACUUGCUCAGUGAUUUCAUGUGGUCCAUCAUUCUUUACUGCGUAGGUAUAACCGAGGUAUUUUACAUUUUAAAUCCAAGGGUAGGAACCUACUUUUCUGAUAUCUGAGUAAAGGACAUGAAGAAAUAAAGGCAGAUCUGUCAGUUAAGAAGCAGUAUAAAUGGCACAUGACGAUGCAUUUGACACCUAAAAAGAAGCUCAGAAUAUUAACUUUUAUUACAGUGAUUGGUCAUUUGUUGGCUGCAUAAAUAAGGUUCAGUAAUUUAGCGUAGAAUUGCACAACUCAACAAUGUUAUUGUGCCGAAGUUUCGAAAGUAGUUCUCCAGACAGCUGUGCAAAUCCUAAUGCAAAGUAUGUUAACAAAUGAUGUUGCAACAUAUCAUGCUUGUGAAAUUUUGCUGAGACAAGCACUGUAUUGUUUCUUUUACUUUGAUUAUUUGUUGUCCCUCCAAAGCAAUCUUAACUGAUUGCUUUGAUUCAGUUCUUGUGACUGCUAGUGUUUACUGCAUGUGCAUUAUGAUGUUUCUUUUGAUCUGUGCAGUUGCAACUGGAAUAUUUAUUUAAAACUGCCCUCUGAAAUACAUAUACAGUGAUAUUCUUAUUCUGUUCUUUUAGAGUCUAGAUCAUCUUCUCAGGGCCCGUUUACUUUCUGUUAUAGCUUAGCUGUUCAGUCUUAAGAUUAGCAUGAUACCACAUUCAUAAAGCCCCUGCACAAAAUAUAAUUUUUAUUAAUGGUCUGACCAUCAAUUGGCACUUUGAAUAGUUCUUGUUUCAGGCAAGUAUGCAAUCAGAACGAAACUGUACCAGCAAACAAAAUACCUUGUAAAUAACUUCAUACCUUGCUGACCAUGGCAUUACUGGAAAGAGCUAGGGUUGUGCCUACAUAACUAGCCAUUUCCAGUCAUGCAUUCAUUUCUACCUUCCUUCUGUAGCGUGAAGUGGUGCAUAACAUUUUCACCCUGUCAGUGUAUGGAUACACUGAGGCUGUCGGAUGACGUGAAAAAGCCGUUGCUCACACUAUUUAAGGAGCAUUCCUGUGAGUAUGUGAACUGCACGCUUAUUUACCAAGGUUUUCUUCUAAAUUUCUUGCUAUGUGCUUCGACUGUGUUUUUGUCAUGUGAUACAACUCACAAGUGCCUAUUUACAGCGAGAUGACGACAGCAGAGAGAAAUGUAUAAUUCCUCCUGAAAACAUUGAACGUCAAUGGUGGGUACCUGGAGGUACCGUGGGUGAAGUUGCUUACAUCGAGUAAUCUUCACAAAUUAUUGUGCAUAGUGUAAGAUAUAAAUGAAACAGUAGGUCUGCUUUUUUUUUACACUGUUUCUCUGAGUGUUACAUAUAGGCUGUGUGCAUUAAAAUGAGAGGUUAUGAAUCUCCUGCAAAUAAACUAUAGUUUUUUUAUG